AUGUCAGAUCCUACGCGCAACAUGGACAUCGACAAUGAAUUCAAAGUGCAGUCAGGAGAGUCCGUCAAGCGAAAAGCGCCCGAGGCAAAGCCAAAAACUAUUCAUUUCACGUCCCGCAAUCCACCCUGGACUUACCUCAAGCUCAAGCUUGUCUACCAACCAGGAAGUUCACCACAACCUCUCGACCAUCUCUCCGCACGAACGUAUCUCUCCUCCGCGCUGUCACAAUUCCUCGGCCUGACCGGAACAGCCAUUCCGAUAGAUAUACUCAAGAUUGAGGAGGGAUCGCCAUCUAUUACAAAGCACGAUGUUGUCUGGAUUCGGGUUCCUCGCGAGGAUGCCUCGGCCGUCGUAGGCGCAGUGAGCUCGUGGAUUGGCGGCGGGAAUAAUUCAAUGGGCUCUACGGAUGUCGCUUGGAGGGUCUGCGCCAAGGGGAAUUUCCUGGGUGCUCUAGUUUCUGGAUCUGGGGCUGAUCUUUUCGUUCCUUGA